AGCACACAUGGCCGCAACGAGUUUAUCUCGUCUGUGAAAACCCCUUGGUUAUUGUGAAUUUCUUAUCGUAGAUCAAUGCUUCACACUACGGUUGAUUUUUAACAAUUUUUGGAUUAAGCGCUGCUUUAAGCUUCGUCUAAGAAAGCAGACAUGGACCCAAACCUUAUUCAGAGGGUGGUGGAUUACCACGGUAAUGAGCUACUUGACCUGUUGGAAUCUGAUCAGACGCUCAGCAGCUUUCCUGUUCCCUCUGCCAUAGAAUACAGGCCACCAGAGGGCGAUCCCAAUGAUGAAGAAUUCAGGUGCAAGCUGAACCAUUUUUUGUCCCGUAAAUCAGACCUUCUGUACACGCCAUCUCUUCCCCCAGUGGUGGAGAUAGUUAAGAAUGAAAAGGCAGUGGAAGAUUAUUAUGCAGUGAUGCCUCCUCUAGAAGCCUUCAUGGGAGUCUCACCCAGCCAGUGCAGGAAACAUUUCUAUCAGUGCGCCCAGAAGAAUGACAUUUUUGUUGGCGUGGUGACAGCAGUACAGGAGAGUGGUCUGAUUAUUACUCUGCUGGCUUUAGACUACGGGAAGGCUAGGGACAUAGACCAAUUGAGGAUAACUGGUUUCUGUCCUCUGCGAGAAGUUCCCAGACUUUAUGCACACGAGAGUCCACUUGAUGCCUUCACCAUCAAGGACAAAGUCAGAGGCAUAAUUCUACAAGUUGACCCUGACAAAGAGAAAAUAGUGGUGUCCCUGCAGGUGUCUGCACUGCCACCUGGUGUUGAAAAUCUGAAGAUUGGUUUGAUUGCAGAUGAAGAAAUGCCAGUCCACUAUCAGUAA